CUUCUCUUCUCAUUUGCAGUCUUGUUGGUUUUCUGCUCAAAUCUCUCAUUGUUCUUUAUAUAUCAAAGGUUUUCUUGAUUGAUUCUCAAUUACAAUAAUGCCUCGCCGAAGCUCUGGAGGAAGGCCAGCACCUCGUGCAGCAUCUCGUGCUGCUCCAGUGCGUAACCUACCUCAGCCAGCAACCCCAGCUCCUCCUCCGGCACCUAUUCGGGGUGGCGGUGGAUCCAUGGUUGGAGGACUUGGUGCCACCAUUGCUGAAGGAAUGGCUUUUGGUACUGGAAGCGCUGUUGCUCACAGGGCUGUUGAUGCGGUGAUGGGUCCUCGUGUAAUUCAACAUGAAACUGUGGUCUCAGGAGCUACUGCCGCUGCUGCACCUGCGUCUGGGUCUACAAUGGGCAAUGUUGGAGGAGCAGAUGCUUGCGGUGUUCAAUCCAAGGCCUUCCAAGAUUGCCUGAACAAUUAUGGUAACGAUAUCAGCAAGUGUCAGUUCUACAUGGACAUGCUCACUGAGUGCCGUAGAAGCUCUGGUGCUGUUAUGGGUGUUUAAUGGAGUACACAAAUAGUGGGAUUUCUUGGCUAUAUAUG